AUGGGUCGCAAGAAGACCAAUUCCAAGUUCGCUGAAGAGAACGAUCAUGAAAACGAAAAUGAUAAUAACAACGUCGAUGAUGCGCUAGUCGCAAAAGACUCUGUUGAUGCUGUGUAUGAAGAUAACGAGAAUGACAAUGGAGCCAGUGGACCAGAAAAAUCUGGCUCGCAUGAUGUCGCGGUCGGGGUCUCAGCAGAUGGCGACGACGAUGUUGCUCGGGCCACUGCUGAUGUUGCUGCUGGCGCUAUUGUCGAGACUGCUGCAGCUGCAACUGUAGAUGGAGCAGCUUCUGAAGAAAUCCCGUCGGCUGCUUCCGAAACUACGGGUACUAAAGAAAGUGCUGAUUCGGUAGAAAAGGCUGCUGGAUCUGAACAGGCGGAUAGUAUUGGUUCUGAUGGGGCAGUAGCUGCUGGUGCUACAUCGGUUGCUGCUGUCUCUGAAGCUAAUGGUUCCGAUUUGUCAGGACCAUCUGCUGAACCAAAUACUGAUGUCACGGAUGUUAAAAAAGAAGCAGAUGAUAUCUCGGCAGUGACUGAUCCAGCUAUUACUGGUGCUGGUGCAGAUGCUACAAGUGCUGGUGAAACUGGUCCGGCUACUGAUGCCACUGUUGCUGCCGAGGCUCCUGCUACAACUGCUACUGGUGAAGAGCUGGUUGGAGAAGAGGCUACUGCUCAACAGGUAGCAGCAGCCGCGGCAGCCGCUGCUGCUGCUAGACACCAGUUCCCAUAUUUCGGAUAUCCUCCAUUUCCAUAUCCUCCCGAGUUUCAGGCCGUGAUUGAAGCUGCUGCCUCUGCUGCUGCCUCUGCUUCAAAUGGAGCUGGCGCGGGAAAAGACGGUGAAACCAAAGAUGGAACUUCCACCACAAAUUCUACUGCCGCUGCUGCUACUACUGGAACUGCAGUAGAGGCUGGAAAAGAAGGGUCAGAUGCAUCUGCUACUCAACCUGCUGCUCCUAAUCAAUUCCCUUAUCCACCUCCAUAUGGAUUUGGAUAUCCGUAUUUCUAUGGCAUUCCUGGUCAACCAGGUGCUGGCACUGGUACUACAGCGCCAGGUGCCGGUGGAGUUGCUGCUACAGCCGGUGCUAGUCCUGCUGCUGUAGCUGCUGCCGCUGCAGCAGCAGCGGCAGCCGCGGCCGCUGGAAGUCCUGGUGCUCCACCAAUGUAUCCCAUGUUUCCAAUGCCAACUGGUCCUGGGGCCAAGAAUUUUUUCCCCUAUGCUAGACCUCCAACCGCUGGUAGUCCCGGAACUGGUGCUGAUGCCACGGCCGGCUUCCCUAUAUAUCCAUUUUUCGAUCCCACUCAACAUCCUGAACUGGCUGAAGCGUUUAGCAAUGUAGCUGCUGCUGCUGCUAAUGGUUUACCUCUUCCUGGUGGUAUCGUCACUCAACCAUCUCCAACAGGUACUACCAAAGGAAAAGGAACGAAACGAAAGCGCUGGACUCCUGCUAAUGAAGAAAAUGAAGAAGAUGAAGGAAUCCGACCGGCUCCUGGCGUCACCACUGAAGGAAGAAGGUAUCCAUGUACUUUUGAAGGAUGUCACUGGUCGUUUUCAAGACUAUCUGACCAACGUCGUCACAUGAGAUCGCACCAAAAACCCACUUUCCACUGUCCAUACUGGCAAGCAGACCCUACAUGUCAUAGAAAUGGUGGUGCUUUCAACCGUCUGGACGUGCUGAAACGUCAUUUACGACUGGUGCACUUUGUUCAAUUCAAACAGUCGGAGAGUGGCUGGUGUCGAUUAUGCCAGAAAAUGUUCCCAUCGCCAAAACAUUUCGUUGAACACUGUGAACGAUGUGCCCAAACUGCACGACCAACCGAAUGGAAGGUCGAUGCUGGACGGGUGGUGUUACAGAAUGGACCAAAGGGUCGUUCUGUGACUAUAACUGAUGCUAUUUUGACCGAUAAAGAACCUACUUUACUGUCAAUGGCCGAUGUCGAUACUGAGCUAAAGGAGAAACAAGAACAGAGCGAUCGUGAAAUGGCUGCCGUUGUAGCUGCUGCCAAUGCUGCUGCUGACCAGGCUGCUGCUGCCGCGGAUUCUCAGAUCGCUACAACUGGAGUUGCUGAUGUAGCUGACGUGCAUCAUGAAGACCCUGAAGGUGCGGUGGUCACCGAACCUCAGCCUGAAGACGAUGUCACCGCGCUUGCGGCUGCUGCCUCGGCUUCUCUCCCCCCUCAUGUUGCACAUGUUGGACGACGGGGCCGUGGUGUGGGAACAAACCGCCAGACUUUGUCUCAAGCAAUAAAUGCUGGCAGUCAUGCCAGUGCUGAGGGCAAAUAA